UCCAACGUCUUCCUAACCUAAGGAUAUACAGCAGCAGUAGGAGGACAGUGGUGCUGAAGAUUUCUUACCCCUUUUUGGAACUCACUCAACUGCAUGCCGAUUUAACCUUAAAAAAUGGAAGUACGAGUAUUGAGCAUCCUCCUCCUCCUGGUGGCCUUGACGGCAGUUCAUGGUAGUGGUUCAUAUGUGGUGAAGAAGGUGAUGAAGGCCGCCCCCCAAUACCAGCCCUACUCUGUGAAGAGCCACAUGGUGCCAGUGGCAGGAGAGCCUGGUGCGCCAGGUGAGCCCGGCCCAGAAGGCCCCCCUGGCCCAGCUGGCCCUGCAGGGGAAAGUGCUGUGGGACAGCCCGGACCCGAGGGCCCUGCCGGACCACCCGGACCUGCUGGCUACUCCGCACCUGGCAAACCUGGCUCCCCAGGUGGGCCCGGUAAGCCUGGUAAGCCUGGUGCAGCUGGCGAGAAAGGAGAGGCGGGCCCAGCUGGACUUCAAGGUCCCAGGGGCAUGCCUGGACCUGCUGGAAGCUCCGGACCUGCUGGGAUCUCUUCCACUGGCAACCCUGGACCUCACGGUCUGCCCGGAGCAAUGGGGCCAAGAGGGGAAACAGGUCUUAAGGGACAUUCAGGUAUGCCUGGUUUGCCAGGAGCUAAGGGGGAUAGAGGAGUGGGUUUCCCAGGGGCACAAGGUGAGACAGGGGCUGUGGGACCUAUGGGACCAGUUGGGCAGCCUGGAGCAUCCGGAGUUGGAAAGCCAGGCAAGCCAGGAAUCCCUGGUGAGGCAGGAAAUUCAGGUAGCCCAGGUAGGGAUGGGGCCGCUGGUCCUAUGGGAUUGCCAGGUGCUAAGGGCCACACUGGGGCUCCUGGUGUAGGUCUGCCUGGGAAACCAGGUGAUAAUGGGGCUCCAGGUAUGCCUGGUGCAGCUGGUCCUAAAGGUAAUCAGGGAGCAACUGGAGCAUCUGGUGCUCCCGGUAUCCCUGGAUAUGGAAAGCCAGGAGCAAAUGGACAGAAGGGUGAGAGGGGAGUUGUAGGAAGCUCAGGCACAACAGGUCAGAAGGGUGAGCCAGGAGCACAGGGAUAUACUGGUGCUACUGGUGCUACUGGGCCCAUGGGUCCCGCCGGUCCUCAGGGUGCAAGAGGCUUCCAGGGAGAUACUGGGGAAAUGGGUUCCAAAGGUGACACAGGUGCAAUGGGACCCCAGGGACCAAAGGGAUAUAAGGGAGAUCAGGGAGCACAAGGUUUCCAGGGAAAGCAAGGUUAUACCGGAGCAACAGGCCCAACUGGUGCCAUGGGAGCUACUGGAGCUCCAGGUAACAAAGGUGAUACUGGCCACACAGGUGCAACCGGUGCUCCAGGUGUCCCAGGACCUGCCGGGCCCAAAGGUUUCCCAGGGCGCAAUGGUGAGGCAGGUGAGGCUGGAGCUGCUGGAACCCCAGGUCCCAGAGGACCUGUUGGGCCUGCUGGUGCCGCAGGUACAUCUGGCCUUAAAGGACACCCAGGUCUCCCUGGCACACCUGGCCCAGCUGGACUGGCCGCUAAGGGAAUCCCUGGCCCUCAGGGUCCCCCUGGGCUACCUGGUGCUGAUGGUCAGGAUGGUGGCCAAGGCCCUGCUGGACCUCCUGGCCCACCUGGUCCUCCCGGCGAAUUCAUUUUCGAAACGGGCAUGGGCAUGGGUGAGGUCAUGGUCCCUACUCUUGUUAAGGCCCCCAUGUCUGCUUUCUCUGUUUCUCUUUCUAGUCCUUAUCCUCCAUCUGGGGAACCUAUUAAGUUUGACAAUGAGGUGUACAAUGCAGAGAAUCACUAUGACACUACCACCGGGCAGUUCACUUGCCAGGUCCCUGGAGUCUACUACUUCUCAUACACCAUUCACGUGAAUGGGGCUCAUGCUCUGGUGGCUCUGUACAAGAACGACAAGCCGGUCAUGUUCAGCUAUGAUGAGUACAACAAGGGCUUCCUGGACCAGAUGUCCGGUAGCACUGUCCUUAUGCUCGAUGUGAACGACACAGUCUACCUUCAGAUUCCCGAUGAUGAGGCCAAUGGAGUCUUUGCAGCUGAGAAUGUCCACUGCUCUUUCUCUGGGUUCCUUAUCAUUUCAACGUGAUACGGUGUCAUCCAAUAACGAUACAACUAAAUCUGCAAGCUAUUUCCCAACCAGGCAGUUCUCUCUUUUUUGAGGAAUAGAAGCAUCUCGACUUGAAAAAUCCAAGAAAUGGGUGCUAAGAAGAAGGAAAUAAUUUAUCUAACAGGUUAUCAGGGAUGGGGAGGCAAUCAACAAAGUUACCAAUUAUUCAGAAUUUUCUUUUUUGUUAGUGGAGGCAACAUGUGAAAUGUAGGUGUUAUGGCUAUGUUGUGUUCUGAAAAUGUUUUAGUUUUUUCUCAUUACAGCAGGUGAUUCUUGUUUUGUGUAUGUCUGUGUUUUUGUACAACCUUGUUUUUGGUGACCAAUUUGAUAACCUUAUUAAAAGUACAUGAUUA